UCUGCUUAACACGCCAUGACUUCUCUUCUUCAUCUCCAUCCAUCCUUUUCCAAGCCCUCUCUUUCCCUCCUUUCUUCUUCUUCUUCUUUGGCUCUCCGUCAACCUCUCUCUUUCCUUCCUAAAGCACCUACAAGACCCAUAGUUAUCCACUCCACUAAACCACUCCUUGUCAAAUGCUGCUUCGCCUCUCCCUCAUUCGAAUCCGGCCAAUCCGGUGCCCGACCUGUUUCCUCCCUCAAGAUUGCCAUCAUUGGUUUUGGCAACUUCGGCCAAUUCCUUGCUAAAACUCUUGUUUCUCAAGGACACAAAGUUUUAGCCCACUCGAGAUCCGACUAUUCCCGCGCAGCUAAAAAAAUGGGUGUUUACUUCUUUUCGAACCCCCACGACUUAUGUGAGCAACACCCAGAAAUUAUUCUCCUUUGUACUUCGAUUAUAUCGACCGAAAGAGUUCUAAAGACUCUUCCUUUACAAAGACUGAAACGCUCCACGUUGUUCGUCGAUGUUUUAUCCGUCAAGGAGUUCGCUAGGAAUCUGCUUCUCGAUGUGUUGCCUUCUGAUUUCGAUAUCAUUUGUUCGCAUCCCAUGUUCGGACCGCAAAGCGCGAAACAAAGCUGGAAAGACCUCUUCUUUGUCUACGAGAAGGUCAGAAUCGGGAACGAGUCCUCCAGGGUUCAAAGAUGUGAACAGUUUCUUGGAAUAUUUCAAAGUGAAGGGUGUAGAACGGUGGAAAUGAGCUGCCAGGAACACGACAUGUUUGCGGCGGGGUCUCAGUUCAUGACACACACGGUUGGGAGAGUGCUGGACAUGUUGGGGUUGGAGUCAACGCCGAUCAAUACAAAGGGUUACGAGGCUUUAUUGAAUUUGGUCGAGAACACUUGUGGGGAUAGCUUUGAUUUGUAUUAUGGGUUGUUUUUGUAUAAUAAGAGUGCUUUGGAGAUGGUGGAGAGGCUGGAUUUGGCCUUUGAUGCUUUGAGGAAUGAGCUUUUUGGCAGGUUGCAUCAGGUUGUGAGGAAACAGUUGUUUGAGGAAGGAGAGAAGGUAAAGAGUCUCCAUUAUAGUAGUUACCGAAAUGGUGCUGCAUCGGCUUUAAGCUCAAAUGCUUUGAGAUCUCGAGAUUUUAUACCAUAUGAAUUCAAAGGAAAGAUAUCCGAAAGUGUUGAUGACAGUUCAAAGCUAAAGAUUGCUAUUGUUGGAUUUGGAAACUUUGGCCAGUUCCUUGCAAAAACUCUGGCUUGCCAGGGCCACUCAGUUUUAGCCUAUUCUCGAACUGAUUACCGAGAUGCAGCUGAGAAGUUGGGUGUUUCUUUUUUUUCUGAUGCUAAUGACCUCUGUGAAGAGCAUCCAGAAGUUGUUCUUCUUUGUACCUCGAUUCUUUCAACAGAAAAAGUUCUCAAGUCAAUGCCCUUUCAGAGGUUGAAGAGAAGUACUCUGUUUGUUGAUGUACUAUCAGUGAAGGAGUUUCCAAUGAAUUUAUUUAUUCAACAUUUACCGCCAGAGUUUGAUAUUUUAUGUACACACCCCAUGUUUGGACCUGAAAGUGGUAAAAAUGGAUGGAAUGGGCUUCAUUUUGCUUUUGAUAAGGUGAGGAUUGGACAUGAUGAAAGGCGAAUAGCUCGGUGUAAUAGCUUCCUUGAUAUUUUUGCACGAGAAGGAUGCCAAAUGGUGGAGAUGACUUGUGCAGAACAUGAUCGGCAUGCAGCAGGUUCACAGUUCAUUACCCAUACGAUGGGCAGGGUUUUGGAGAAGCUAGAAUUGGGCUCGACACCAAUUAACACAAAAGGUUAUGAGACUUUGUUGAAGUUGGUGGAGAAUACAUCUGGAGACAGCUUCGAUCUUUAUUAUGGGUUGUUCAUGUACAAUGUAAAUGCAAUGGAACAGCUUGAGAGAAUGGAUUUUGCCUUUGAGUCAUUGAAGAAGCAGCUCUUUGGUAGAUUGCAUGGUGUUCUUCGGAAGGAACUGUUUGGAAAUUCGGAGAAGCUCAAGGUAUUGCAGGAGAAAUCAGUAAUGCAAAAUGGUUCACUUUCAUCUUCUACAGUGAGUGUUAAAAUCAGCUAGCUCCAUGUUUUUGUUUCAUCCGUAAGUUAUAUGGCUAAUCUUUCUUUAUCCUAUUGGCCAUUUCAAUAUCUAUCCCAUCUUUAAAAGAUCAAAAGGCUUUU